AUGCAGCAAAAUAAAGUAUGCAAUUGAAGACAGCAGAAUAAAAAGUCUAUUUUUAUUUCUCCUUUUAAACCUUAUAGGUUUCAAACUCCAUCUCCUGUAAAUCAACAUAACCGUUUAAAAUCUUUGCCAUCAAUUACUAAAACCUACAGAAGCUCACACAGAACUCCAUCCCCUAUGAUAAAAUCCAAUAUUUUAGCUUCCCCAAACGAUCAAGAAGAUAGUAAGUCAAAAUCCUUUGAAAAAUCUCCAACAAUUAAAGAAUUUUCAGUUUCAACGAAUAUAAAUGACUACCGACUGGUAGCGCCUAGGGGUAUUCUGAUUUCUUAUAAGAAAGAAGCAUAUAAUAUAGUUUAAGAUUAAGAUUAAGAUUACGAUAAAUCUUUGUAGACUCCCACUUAGCUUAGGAUCCAUCUAAACAAGCUCUUCCUUCAUGAAUUCCAUCCACUAGCUAACAGCUCUGAACAACGGUAGGUGGAAUUGGCCUAGCCGUCGAACCUUUACAGUUGCCUAUAGCCCGACGAGUCUCUCUUCAUGCCUUGAUUGUGAUUCAAGUACACUUGGGGCUGCCGGAGCAGUCCCAACGCUGAUUUCCUUCAGAAAAGUUGAACUUCCCUCACUAGGACGAGUAUAUGGGACUAGACCCCUAACUCAUACAUUCCAUAUUUAAUUGUGUAUAAUAUAGUUAAACUGCCAAAUUAUGAAAAUAAAGAAGCUGUAAGUUCUUUUAGGAGGGUAAUAAGAGCUAUGGCAAAGCCAAAAAAAAGGUAUUUUGAGUGCCUGAAAUUAAGCGUCAGGCAUUUUAAAGCGCUAAAGCUUACUAUAAACCUUUUAAAAGAAUGCGCAUAAAAUAAUUUUUAUAUAAAUUUUUAAAUAUUUUUAUUAAAAAGGAUAAUAAAGAAAUGCCACUUCUGCCAAAACUCAUAGGAAAUGAGCCUUUUGGCAGAAAAAAUUCAAUAGAGUUUAUGAAGGAAUGCAAAGAAGGAAACUUAAACGCAGUUUUAGUCCAUUUGCAUAACGACAAAUGACUUGCGCAUGUUUUUGAUGCCAUGAAAAUGACUGCUUUGCAUUGAGCAGCUAUUAGAGACCACUCUUUUAUAAUAGAAGCCUUGAUGUCACACAAUGCAUUUGUGGAUGUCUUAGACAUGGUAUUAUUUAAAUAGACACAUAGAACUCCUUUAUAUUUAGCUAGCCGUAUGGGGAGUUAUAACGCUGUUAAAAAGCUAUUAAGCCAUAGGGCCGAUCCUUUUAUAAAAAGUAAUUCUAAAAAGCUGCCUGCUGAUGUUGCUAAAAAUCAGUCAAUUUCUAUACUUAUUUCUAAAGCAAUGCUCUUUCAUGUAGAAUUGAAAAAAAUCCCAAGAAAACUUCAAGAGCUGGAAUGGGCAAGAUGGGGCAAUUCAUUUUUCAAAGAAGAUCUCUCUAUUAAACAUUAA